GAAACAAGGAAGCAAACGUAGCGCUUUAAGAUAUCAUGGCCAAGGUCUCCAGAAAUAAAUGUAACAUCCUCCAGAAACAGAGCUCAGUGCCAAGUUUUACUUAUCGAGCGUCAGUCAACACACUAGAACCGCGCCAGAUGGUCAAGAGUGAAAGUAAUUGUCGAUGCGAAAAGUGUCUAUCGAAAAAAGACGAAAUGGAGGACGAAACAUACCACGUGUACACACGCAUGGAAGAUAUCACCGAACAGGAUGAUAAAAACUUAGCCGGAGCCAGAAAGGAGAUUCGGAACGAUUUGACUGUUAUCAUACCUGAAAAUCCGUUUCCGGAAAUAGAAGUCGAUGCUUACCCGCCAUUAAAAUUUUCGUGGGUUAUUCCAAAAAAAUUAGCAGCUAUGGCUUUUCCUAGACAUGUAGAAAAUUUAAAAUUUUUGGUCAAUCAAGGUAUAACGCAUCUGGUAACACUGACAGCAGGUAAGAAGCCUCCAGUGGACGACAUCGCGAGAUUGAGAUGGACUGAAAUACCCGUAGAGGAAUUCGAAGCACCGACAGUGGAACAAAUUACAAAGUUUAUUGAUGUUUGUAAAAGGUCCGACAAGAAUGGUGAGGUAGUGGGUAUUCACUGUCGCCAAGGCCGAGGUAGGUGCGCGGUGAUGCUGGCGUGUUAUCUUGUACAUUUCCACCGGUUCUUACCGGAUCAAGCUAUGAACGUCAUAAGAAUGAUACGGCCAGGUUCAUUGGACUUCGAAGAGCAAGAAGAAGCGGUCGGCAAAUAUUUCGAAAAUCUAACAGAGAAUAACCCUCUCAGAUUUGGCGUCAGCGGUGACGUCAUGGACGAGUUCAUAGAAAUUGCACGAGACACAACUAAAAAUGCGCUUUUAUAAUAAAUAGAUUAUACUGUAUAAAAUUAUUAUAAUUAUAAGAUUAUAAUAAAUAUCUCUUAUAAAUAAUCAUCAUGUAACUCUAGGCUAGUUUUAUAUUAUCGUUACACAUAAAAGCUCAUAAAUAUUUGAAGUCGCACAUUUUCAGUAAACGAAUCGCAUUUUAAGAAAAAAAUAUUUUCAAUUUCAAAAUUAAAUUUUGCUCAUUAUUAGACAAGGUUAUCUAUAUCAGUCUGUUACUAACAUCGACCUAAUUUAAGAAAUACUGACGUCUCUCAAGACUUAAUAGUUAUUAUCAGUCUUUAGAAAUAUUUAAUGGCUGUAUAAAAUGUUUCAACGUCACUUCAAUUUAUCAUUACUUAAGUUAUUUUUGAAAGAAUUAAUUCUGACACAAUUUUUUUUUUAAAUACAGCUUUUACUAUACCUUUUUUUUAAUAUGUCCAUUCUGCCACUCAUGUAAAAAUAUUAUUAUAGUCUGCUAGAUUGACGCGCAAUAGUUUAACAUCAUAAUUAUUUAUUUUUUAAUUUUCUGUAUAGUUUAUUGUUUAUUGAAUUUAAUGUUUUUUUUUUUACUUAAGUAUUCGUUUAAUAUACGACUUUACUAUGCUUCUAUUGAAAAUAUCUUAUUUUAAUAAUAAUUCUGAGU